UCGGAGAGGGACUGAGGGCUAUGGACGAUUUAUCGACAGAUUCGCCUCUCACACUGGAGCAGUCUUCUCCAAAACAUUUAUCUACUUUUGUCACUAGCUUAAAAUAAAGUAUACCUAAAAAAUGAAACGCAUAGACAACAAUCGGUGAUUUCUGAUUCCCUUUUUUCUGCAAAAGAAGGCUUAGAGUUAUUAUUUUUUUGUCUCAUUUGGAUAUGGCACACAUUUGGAUCCAGUAAGAGCAUUUCACAGCGUCAGACGCGUCUGCUGCGGGGGAAACCAGCCGGAGGGACUCGGAACUUUGCGUGGCACAUGAGACGCUCUCUCUUUUCGGAAUCAGGCGCAGAGGGAGCCAUGGUGAACUAUUUCAUACUGGUGCUCAGCUGGACUGUGCUCUCUGAGGUGGCCACAGCUCAGAAUGACACGGAGCCUAUUGUCCUGGAGGGGAAAUGUCUGGUGGUGUGCGACUCUAACCCCACCGCGGACUGGAAGGCUUCGUCCUCUCCGCUCGGCAUCUCUGUGCGCGCGGCCAACUCCAAGGUGGCUUUCUCUGCAGUCCGGAGCAACAACCACGAGCCGUCGGAGAUGAGCAACAAAACGAGAAUAAUCUACUUCGACCAGGUUCUGGUGAAUAUAGGAAACUACUUCACAUUUGAGUCAGUAUUUCUGUCCCCUAGAACAGGAAUCUACAGUUUUAACUUCCAUGUUAUUAAAGUGUACCAGAGCCAAACUAUACAGGUGAACUUGAUGUUGAAUGGGAAACCAGUCAUCUCUGCCUUUGCGGGUGACAAAGAUGUAACUCGUGAAGCGGCCACCAAUGGUGUUCUGCUUUAUCUAGAAAAGGAGGACAAAGUCUACUUAAAGCUGGAGAAGGGAAACCUAGUUGGCGGAUGGCAGUACUCAACAUUUUCUGGCUUUCUUGUGUUCCCGCUGUGAGAAAAAAUGAAAGGAAAGAAGAUUGUAAGCAUCCUGACUUCUUCAUAAAGUGUUGUCACUGUAUAAUCAAAACAUUGCUGCUCCAUCUUGCCAAAAUGUUGAAAGGUGAUACAUGUAGAUGGGAAAGGAUCCAAACAGAGAGAAGACAUAAGAGUUUGGAAAUCAUUCAAGUUCUCUGGAUGUGAGUUCACGUCCAGAUGAAAGAGACUCGGUGAGCUAUUAGAUGUUUCUGCCAAUCAAGCAACCUGAGAGAGGAAGACUCCAAAUCUAAAAAAUACUUUUCCCAGUUCAACGUGGCAACUGUUGCAUUCAAGUACAUCUGCCUUUUGGGUGUAAACUGUAUAUGCUUGUGUUACUUGUGUAACGAAUCAUCAAAUAAUGACAUUGUAAGUAUUUUUGGGGGGUAUCUGGUCAAGAGAUGAUGGUGGUGCCACUUUGAUGGAAAACAUUUAUUUGCUUUAAAAAAAGAGUUCAAUGCUUAUUGUAAUGC